GUCGGUACAUACUAUUCUUGUAUAAUUAUAUAUCGUAUACGCGCAUAUACAUGUAAGUUCUCAUAUAUGCUUAUGUACCGAUAGCUGUAUACGUAUAUAUACAAAUAUAUAGACAAACAUAAUCAUAUAGUCAACUACAUACACAUACACUUAUAUUUAUAUACUUAUAUACGAAUUCCGGACUCGAAGAAAGAUGGGCAAGAAACAGCAGGGCGACAACGGUGCCCCACUAACACUCCUACAACUACAGAACUUAAUCAAACGUGACCCAGAAUCAUACCAGGAAGAAUUCCUGCAACAACUGCGACACUUUGAUUCCAGUGUAGAGAUAUUCACACUAAACCCUUCGGCCGAUUCAAACAACUUCGGGGAACUAGCCACGUUCCUGGCACACACAUGCACACGGUAUCCGAAACAUGGUGACCAUGUACAGGGACGCACCAUGUCUCUCCUAGAGAACUAUGCAAGUGUGAUGCAGCCGUUGCUAAGGAGAGAGAUGUGCCAAGCGGUGAUGAUGAUGAAGGGGAAGGGGGACGCGAGAGUGAUCGAGGUGUUCAAGCUGUUUUUCAAGUUGUUCAAGGUGAAAGAUAAGGUCUUGAGAGAGUCUUUGAGAAAUCACAUCACGACAGAGAUCAAGCGCAUGAACGCCAAGACACAGAAGAAUCAGGU